GCCGCGGUGGUGGCAUGCUUCGUUUGCAAUACCACCAUGAGAUGGAACAGCUCGCGUCUUACAGAACACACCAUGCGAUACUUCAGCAUCGCAUUGGGUUAGAACCGCCUUUGUUAACUUCGAAUGCUGCGGUGCAGCAUCUUCAACAUCACCUGCAGUAUUUGAAGUACUCCGAACCGCUAGAACUCACAGCGUGUCCAUUAGAUUUGAGUAUCAAAAAUCAAACGCCGAUUACUCCACCUUGCACGCCUUCGCCUGGUAAUAAACGACAAACGGCUAUAACGCCUUUAAUCGUUCCCGAAUUACCAUCGAAGAAAAACAAAUCUCCGAUCAUCCAACAUAAUUCGAAGAAGACGAAGGUGACCCGCAAACUUAACUUCGAUGAAGAUACAAGUUCUCCAGUAUCCGGAACCAUAAUAAGAGAAUUGGAUCCGGGCGAAACCUUAGUAAUUCGAAAGGGUGAUAUCGAUCCAGCCUUCAACGUUGUGGAAGUCACCGACGAAGCCAAAGCCGAAUUGGCAAAAAUUGAAAAUCACAUCGGCGAUUACGUUUGUAGAUUGUGUCGUGAACUUUACGAGGACGCCUUUGGGUUAGCGCAACAUCGCUGCUCGCGUAUAGUCCACGUUGAAUAUCGCUGUCCGGAAUGCGAUAAAGUGUUUAAUUGUCCCGCGAAUUUGGCUUCGCACAGAAGGUGGCACAAGCCGCGACCUAAUAAAGAACUCAAGUCGGAGGAUAUGGUGGGCGAGCUCGACGCCGGCGAGCAGUUUCCUUGCGAAGAGUGCGGUAAGAAAUUUCGAAGGUUGGCCUACUUGAGGAAGCAUCAAGCGGUCCAUCAACAAGACUGACAACGGCUCAUUCCCGUACGCCCCAUUCCUAGGAUGCCGACAAAGCUCUGGAGGCCGCCGCCCUUACCGCCGCUUACUAGUAAUCAUCCCUCUGCUUUAAUUACUACAGACAGGUAUGUGUCGAAUGCCACGUGGAUUAAUCAAUUUUAAAUUUUGAUACGUUGACGCAUUUGCUGUUUUGAUAAUAAUUUUUUCGUUGUCUUAACUAUGCUCAAGAGAUUUUAAUUUAAGUAUAAGCGAGACGACGCUUAAUCAUAAGCUUGAUUUUAAGAUCGCGUGUGGUUUACGGCGGAUUUAUCUUACGUUCUAGUCAUCAUCUGGUCAUAGUCAUAAUUUGUACAGUUCAUAAACUUCUAGUCCUUUCUAGUCAUCUUUAUGUAAAGAGUUUUUCUUGUGAUAUUUAUUUUCAUCAUCCACCCUGUAUAUUGCAAAAUGAAAAACUCUCUGCAUGUUGUACAUAAACUUAAUGUAAAUAUAUAGAGUUUAACUAGUCUUUUUUCUGUUCUAGUCUCUAAUCUAGUCAUUUUGUUAAUAUUUCUAGUCACACAAAAUAGUCGAUAAUUACAGUUAAUCGAGUGCAGUAAGUUCAUACACUACCGGUGGACAGUAUUACCUGUUAUUAUGUAAAUUUCCUUUGAACGGUGCUAGUGAUAGUUGAUAAUUAUUGCAAAUAAUUAUUUAAAAAAAUUUAAAAAAAUGUUGUAAUUCUUACAAAGAAAAAAUAGACGUGUUCGCACAGUCCUAAAUGUUUUGCUCUCUUAUUUUUUAAAUACUAAAGUGCAGGCAUGGGAAGACAUGCAAUAGGUAAGCUUAAAGCCAAAAGUCUGCACUAAAAACGCUUUUUUUUGUAUAAAUUUAGCUGAUUAUGUUUCGAAAAUACACUUGAUUUCUUUUUAUUUAUUAGGGGAUAUCUGCCAGUACAAAGAUAAAUAUAGUUAAUAAGCAUUUCUAGUUUCUCUAUAAUUUAACUAGUCAAAGUCUAGUCUUAAAGUUAUAUUUAAGUAAUUAUUGUGAUAUUACGUAAGUAGGGUGUACGUUUUCUUUAUAUUCUAUUUCACUUAAUUUUAGUUUUGUAUCUACGUUAGUGAUGUAAAAAUGUAACUAAACAGAUGCGAGUGUGUUCUAGUCAUUCAGUAGUGAACCAUAGACAAAAUGUGUAAUGUUCAAUUGCUGUUCUCUGUAAAUAAAUUGUUGCACAAAUGCCGAUCUCGUCUAUGGAUUUAGCCAAAUAUAUAUAUAAAGUUUUGUAAAUUGUUGAGUAUCUAUAUAGAUUUGUGUACAAAGCUGUGUAAAUGUCAAAGGGCU